AUGAAGAGGAACCCGGGGCGGGCCCUCGAACCGGCCGAUGCGACCGCGCGGUUCGACGCCUCUAUCAUGAACCGACACCGAGUCGAGGGACCCAGCCUGGGAGCUAUCGAAGGCGAAGAGUACUCUCCUAGUGCAAGCGAGGACCGGGAAGAGUGGGCUUCGAGGGUUCCUCUUUACUAG